AUGACAUUAUUAUAUUACUCUCUCAUUUUGCCCUGUAUUGUACAACAUGCAGUGGUUUUCGCUGAGACUAACCACAAUACAACUCACAAUGAUAUUGCAGUCGUUAAAUGGGAGUUUCAUGAAUUCUCAACACAUAUCAACGUAAUGUUGUUUUUAUUUAUUUUGGUACUACUCAAGUUAGCCUAUCAUCAUAUUCCUUACAUAUCAAGUUAUGUACCAGAAUCAUUAGUAUUGAUUAUUAUUGGGAUAACAUUUGGUGCCAUUGUGAUCUAUGAGAAUGAAGCACAAGCGGGUACAAUUGAGAAUACAGUUUGGAAAUUCACACCAGAGUUAUUUUCUUAUUACUUACUGCCCCCUAUCAUAUUGGAGUCAGCUUAUAAUUUGUAUAACAGAACAUUUUCUGAAUACCUUGGUGUCGUGCUGUUAUUCUCUGUAUUGGGUACAGUGUUCAAUUUCUUGAUAAUCGGUUUCCUAAUGUAUGGAUUAUUUUGCAUUGGUCUAUUAGGUUAUCCAGUACUAUAUUUUGAUGUAAAAGGAUUUCUGUUGUUCAGUUCACUGAUUGUUGCCGUAGAUCCGGUAGCUGUAUUGGCCAUUUUUCAAGAUAUCGGUGUGGAAUUAAGCUUAUAUUAUAUUGUCUUCGGUGAGUCAUUGUUCAAUGAUGCCAUCACUAUUGUCCUUUAUGAUAUUAUGGUUGCUUUCACUGGAAGAGAGGAGGUUACCGGAAAACAAAUAUUCAUUGGUGUUAUGUCCUUUUUCACUGUUAGUUUAGGUGGUCUACUAAUUGGUGUUCUGUUUGGUGUGUUGACUUGCUUGAUUACUAGGAUUCGUAGUCAUUUAACUGUAUUCACAAUGUUGUUACUAGCGUAUUUCUCUUACAUCAUGGCUGACUGUGUUGGUUGGUCAGGUAUCAUAUCAAUGAUCGGUUGCGGUCUAAUUCAAGCUGCUUAUGCAUUUCACAAUAUCGGUGAGAAGUAUUUGAAAAGUGUACACCUAUUAACAAAAAUGCUAGCUGAAGUUAGUGAAGCUGUGAUUUUUUUAUUCUUAGGCAUUCAAGUGAUUUCCUACAAAUUAGAAUGGCAUACAGGUUUCAUAAUAUGGGGUACAAUUCUGUGUCUGUUAUCGAGAUCAAUAGUCAUAUUCAGUAUUACAGCCAUUGUUAAUUAUGUGAAUAUUGAUGAGACUAAGAUUACACUAGCCCAACAGAUUGUACUCAUUUAUGGUGGUCUACGGGGUGCUGUCGCCUUUGCUUUAGCUGUACUCAUCUCUGAAGAUAAAUUUCCAAUCAAUGGUCAAUAUCAUAAGAAUGUUAUUGUCACUGCAACACUGUUCAUCAUCUUAUUCACUGUAGGAUUCAUGGGUUUAACAACCAAACCAUUAGUUAGGCUAUUAAAAAUUCGUAAACAAGAUAAACAAACACUCAGUUUAUUUAAUUUAUUAAACAAAAGUAUUAUUGAUCAAACGUUAACUGGUAUUGAAACAUUGACUGAUGAAAAGGUCGUAAUGCUGUUCGUGGCUUCUUUAUGCGUAUUGAUGAAAAAACGUUAUGAUGAGAAAAUUUUAAAAGUUUAUGAGCAUAUUGCACUGAAAUUACUCUAUGCUUCAAUGCAUCCAAGAGAAACGGAAAGCAUCCUGAAGAAAAUACCUGAACCGUUAAAAUUUACUCAUAAUCCUCCUCCACCUCCUCCCCAUGAUAGUCAUCGUCAUCAUCGACAUCAAGAGUUCAACAGUUUAACCGGUAACCCUAUAACUUCUAUUACUCAAGAGUGGAUUAAUCGAACUAACCUGUACAUUGUCCCUUUUGACGAUGAUCACCAACAACAAAGCCAUAAUGACUACAAUGUACCUAGAGAGGAUUCUUUAAUAUCAGCUGGACAAAUGUUAAGUAAUUGUGAAGCCGGUAGGAAAUAUUAUUCAAAACUGUCACUAAAUACAAAUGAGACACUAUCUGAUCAUAUCUCACACAAAAAUCAUUCACAGGGAAAUAUUAAUAAUCCUGAUAAUAUUGACCAAUACAAACCUAAAGGUUAUUUUAAACAAAAUUCGCAUGAUGAUUAUAAAGGAAGAGAAAAAAAACAAAAUUCGAAGCUAACAAAACAAGAAUCUCAACUGGCUGAUCAAUUUACUAUUGAACAGAAUGAAAAAGACACUGUCCAUGGUACAAAGAAGCAUAAGAAACGAGAAAAGAUAAAUAAAACUGAAAAUGAACAUUCAACAACUGAUCUUCAGCAAACACCAUUACAUAUGCUACAUUCAAAUACAUCACAGACGUCUCAAGUAAAAGACUAUCGUAAUCAUUGGUUAUCAGAAUUACCGAAAGAUUUUUAA